AUGUCAACCGUCACGUCGAGAUUUAAUAUCCCAGUCCCGUCAACGGACCUACUAACUUACAUUUUUGAUACACCAUGGAGUCCUACCCAUGGGUGGCCAGCAAAUGAACCUCUCGUCUUGAAUGCUAAGGGCCCGGAUGCUCCAUCCUGUACAUUCAAUGAGUUGAAACAUCUGGUGAAAUGCUUUGCCUGCGGGUUCCAACAGCGUGCGCGCCCCGGUGCCCGGGUAGUAAUCUAUGGAACUCUUGAUGUUUAUCUUCCAGCUGUCCUUCUCGGAGCGAUUGGAGCGGGGGCUUGCUGCAAUAUCUGCCCCACGUAUCCCCUUCCAGAGACUGUCGCUCGGUUAGAAGCUGUGCAGGCUGAUUUUGUGUUUUUUGCGCCCCAACACUUAGACUGUGUUCGCAGCGCUGCGGCCCAAGCAGGUGUUCCAACAGAGAACCUUUUCGUUCUCGACGAGUUCACCACAGGCCAGGCAGUUGCAGCAGGUGCGGUUCAGCACUGGAGUUCCUUGCUUGAUCAGGCCAAGGGCCCGGAGUAUCAGUGGCGGAGAUUAUCAGCUGAAGAGGCGGAGACGACUACCGCCCUAUUAACGCACACCUCCGGAACCACUGGACUUCCGAAAUUAGCAGAGAGAACACACUACGGCUUAAUCGGGAACACAGAACAGCUACUCUACCGUUAUCAUCUGAAGGAGAGAAGUAAACAUGAGAUCUUCUUCUGUACAUUCCUCUAUGCUGGUAUAGGGUUCAUUCUGUACGGCCUACUCAUCCCCCUAAAAGCAAGAUACAAGUCCAUCUACAUGGCCGAGUACAGCUUAGAGCAGUUCCUCUCAGCAGUGGAAGAGUUCCGGCCAACCUCGUUGCAUACUCCCAGACACCACUUUCAGAGCCUCUUGGCAAACGCCAUGCAUGCGGACUUCUCAAGUGUUACCAGCCUUCGUACCGGAGGUGCGAUGAUCCCGUUUCGAUUAUGCGAGGAAUGGACACGUUGUCAUGGCUCUCCGUGUGAGGUUGUUUGUGGGAUGACCGAAGGUGGGAUACACUUUGCCUCAGACCCACGCGUGCUAGAGACAGAUAAUACCGUGGGAGAACUACUUCCCAACCUCGAAGCGAAGGUUGUUGAUCAACAUGGUCAGCCCCUGGGGACGGGAGAAUGUGGAGAGAUCUGGAUCAGAAAUCCAUUUGCCAUGAAGGGGUAUUUAGAUAAAAAAGCCCAGACAAGAGAGCUUUAUUCCCCAGACGGCUUUAUCAAAACCGGUGACAUAGGGAUGAUAAACGAACGCGGACGAUGGUACAUUCUUGGACGUAUGAAGGAUAUGUUUAAGAGGAAUGGGUCGCAUGUAAUGGCGUCCGAAAUGGAAGAAGCUAUUAUCACACAUCCGGAAGUAGCCGAGGCGGUCGUUGUUCCUGUAAAACUCCCGCAGGAAGAAGACGAGGAACCGGUCCCUCGUGGCUAUAUUGUUCGAAGGCCAGGAUCAGCCUUGGUCAUGAGUGAAUUUAUGCAGUGGAUGUUUUGUGCACUGUCUGAGAGAUUGCGGCUUGAAGGCGGCGCUGAGUUCCUCGAGACUCUGCCGGUGUCUGCUGGCGGGAAAGUUGAUCGAAACGCUCUACGAGAGCGAGCUGUGAGAGAGAUUUGUGGGAUUAGCAAUUCGAUUCAGACUGGUGGGCAGGUUAGCCAGUUGUGA